GCUAGACAACAUCCUAUAGUUUUCUAUUGGUUGUUGCCCUAGUCGCCUGCUGGUGACGACAUUCAGAUGCGCCUGCAGCAGCAAGAAAGUUACGAAAAUAUCGAGCGUAGGGUCAAUGUGCUUAUAGAAUUCAAUGUCACAGAGUUUUACCAGCGACCAGAAAGCCAGUUUCAGUUUUAGAGCAAUGCUGUCGUAAGAUUCGAAUACAACGGAUAUUCUAUAAUAAGGCAGUGACCUCUUGAAGAGGUCACUAAACCCCUCACAUCUUUCUCUAUACUAGAUCCAGUGAUCCACCAUGCCCAGGCAGAUCCGUAGAGUGGUGGAGCUGGCGGUGCGCUCUGCUUGCUGCCAGGCCAUCAGACGUAGAACCUGUUUGCACAAGGCACUAUUGGUCCCUAUGGCUCCGUCUGGCCUCUGUGCUACUGGGACUUCUAUUCUUUAUAGAAGGGCUUACAGCCUGGACUCCCCCUCUUCAGGUCCUGGUUGGCCCAUGCUUGGUUCAAGUUCACAGCAGCCCCAUACAGAUAGGACAUCCCACUCGUCUGCACGCACACACACAAACCUGUCUGCUGUGGCUGUACAGGGCCAGUGUCGGCCUCUGUGCCGGUAUGACUUCUUGGACCUUGGAGAUGUAGAGGAGAAUGUUCACCGUGCUCAGGCCUGCAAAACAAUGAGACACUUCAUUGUGGACCCAGAACUGGCAAAAGUAGUAGCACAGCACCUAGGACCCGAGGAUGCUAAAACUGUUAUCUUUGAAUGUAACCCAGGUCCUGGGGUGUUGACUAGGACACUGCUUAAUGCUGGCGCUCAGAGAGUUGUGGCUCUUGAAGGGGACAGGCCCUUCCUUAACGAUCUACAGGAGUUGGAAGGUCGUCUUGAUGGUCAGUUGGAAGUGGUCCACUGCGAUUACUUUAAACUAGACCCUAUUGGCAGUGGAAUUGUAAGACCCCCAGUCAUGUCUGCUGACAAACUGUUCACUGAUCUGGGAAUAUCAGAAUCUAGCUGGACUGAUGACAUCCCAGUGAAGGUGGUGGGUAUCAUGCCCCAGCGUAAUGAGCGCGGCACGCUGCUGAAGAUGAUUUACGCUUUGUUUCAACGGCUAAGUUUCUACAGAUAUGGAAGGAUAGAGCUCAACCUCUUCAUAAGCGAGAAGGAGUACCUGAAACUGGUGGCACGUCCGGGUCAAAUGAUGAACUACAGAGCCUUCGGUGUCCUCUGGCAGAUGGCCUGUGAUAUCGAACUCCUGCACAAGGAACCCUGGGAGUCAUUUGUGGUGUCUUCAAAGCAGAGUUUUCAUGGUCCUAAGGGCAAUCUUCCCAAUGACCACCUGUGCCUAGUGCGUUUGCGUCCACGGGCUGAUCUGUUCUCCUCAGGCCUCACUCCCUCUAAUGCUUCAACUCUUCUGAUGAUGGUCAAACAGUGUCUGGCAAAGAGGAAGGUCAAACUCGUCGACAGACUCAACCUCUGGUCACCAGACAGUGGGAGUAGGCUGGUAGCAGAACUGGGCUUGCCCAAGGACAUACUGACAGGCUACUUGUAUCCAGACGAGUAUCUCCAACUGUUCAAGCUGAUAGACAAGAGCCAGGAGUUCAGACAGAGCUGGCUUUAUGAGGAGAUCCUGGAAAACACACAGAGAGAGGGCUGGCGCUAAAAUAUAGACGAGCAGGUCACAUGGAGAGAUUUAUGGAAUUAAAACACAAAAUUACACUCUAAACACAUAUGUAUGAUAUAGUAAUGAUGUAACAUAAAUAAGAAUAAUGUGUGACAUGUUAAAUAGGGCCACACAGAAGAUACAUAAAUACACAGCAACACAAUAUAGUAAUAAGUAAAAUAUUAAUGAAAUGAACAGAUGCACUUGACUGCAUAAAGAGUUGAUGUUGUUGAACAUUUUUAGGCCCUUUUUGUUGUCCAGAACCAGUAUUUCCAUGAGUUUGAAUUUGAGACAUUUGUUUCAGUGGUCUACUGUAUGUGGUACUUCUAAAUGAUUUGCAGCAUUAACAGAUUUUCAAAUGGCUGCAGAUUAAAGGUCUUAAUGUGUUAAGUCCAUGAAAGCUAAAUUCCAACAUGAAGACAGCAGCAGCUUCACAGAACACAACCCUCCAUCUGUCUUGUAUUGCAUAAUUUUCCAAACCAUAUCUUAGGCAUUGGUAGCACAGGAAGUGCUCACUGAGAAGGACUGCACACAUAAAGGACUGAAGGUUUUCACUGCAUAGCUUCCAUGUUUUGUAUAUUUUUGUAUAGUCAUUGAAAGUACAUAAACUUGUUUGUUCAAACUGUCAUGUUUAAUUGAAUGUGUAAGUGGCAUGUCUAACGUAUCUCGUUUUUAUCAAUCGUUGAAUGCAUUGAUAAUUUAGUUUGUGGAAGAAACCGAUUUUAGCCAUGUUUUAUUAUGUGUGCACAUGAUGAGUCGGGGUGUUUCAGCCCCACUAAAUCUAUUACCUUUCUCUCUGCCUUUUCCUGUUUUUACUCCCCUGCUUACAUACAAGGAAGACAGUUAUUUAUUAAAUUGGUCAUACGGUUUUACAGCUUUUCUUUGUUUUUGAACAAUGUGCUCA